CACCAAAACACACUCUAGUGCUCUUUCUCCUCUGCCCUUUCUCUCCAUCAUUAUCAACCUUUUUAAAGCGCAUCUCUUACCCACACACCAAAAUGAAUAAGAAUCUGCUCUCAAGAAAGGCGGCAUGCAACUCCCAUGGACAGGACUCCUCUUACUUCCUAGGGUGGCAGGAGUAUGAGCAGAACCCUUAUGACCCAAUCUCCAACCCAGAUGGAAUCAUUCAGAUGGGCCUUGCAGAGAACCAGCUGUCAUUUGAUCUUAUCGAGUCGUGGCUCGAGAGCCACCCCGACCCAGCGGGGUUCAAGAGAGACGGCGCGCACAUAUUCCGCGAGCUGGCCCUCUUCCAGGAUUAUCAUGGCUUGCCAGCUUUCAAAAAAGCACUGGCGAAUUACAUGGGAUACUUGAGAGGGAACAAAGUAAGGUUCGAACCCAACAACCUUGUCCUCACGGCGGGUGCCACUCCGGCUAACGAGACUCUCAUCUUUUGCCUUGCCGACCCCGGCGAAGCAUUCCUUCUCCCAACUCCAUACUACCCAGGGUUUGAUAGGGAUCUCAAAUGGCGAACCGGAGUGGAGAUUGUUCCCAUCCAUUGCUCGAGCUCCAAUGGCUUCCAAAUCACGAAAACCGCUCUAGAAGAAGCGUAUCAACGGGCCAAAAAGUGCAACUUGAGAGUAAAAGGAGUCUUCAUAACCAACCCAUCCAAUCCGUUGGGCACCACCACAACCCGACCUGAACUCGACACCCUUAUCGACUUUGUCCUCGCCAAAGACAUCCAUCUCAUCAGCGAUGAGAUCUAUUCGGGGACCACCUUCGACUCCCCAGGGUUCAUCAGCGUUGCAGAGGCCAUGAUCGGUCGAGACAAUGUUUCCCACCGCGUCCACAUUGUUUACAGCCUCUCCAAAGAUCUCGGGCUCCCGGGAUUCCGUGUCGCCGCAAUCUACUCCGGCAACGACGACGUCGUGGCUGCUGCUACCAAGAUGUCAAGCUUCGGCCUGAUCUCCUCCCAAACUCAAUACCUCCUCUCGGUGUUGCUCUCCGACAAGGACUUCACGAUAAAAUACACCGAGGAGAACAAGAAGAGGCUUAAGGAGAGACAUGGGCAGCUCGUCGAUGGACUCCGGGAUGCCGGUGUGAGCUGUUUAAAGAGCAACGCAGGGUUGUACUGCUGGGUGGACAUGAGACACCUGCUCAAGUCCAAGACAUUUGAAGAAGAGAUGAAACUAUGGAAGAGGAUAGUGCGCGAAGUGGGACUGAACAUCUCGCCGGGCUCUUCAUGUCACUGCAUCGAGCCCGGGUGGUUUCGCGUCUGCUUUGCUAACAUGUCGAUCGACACCCUCGAUGUCGCUUUGCGACGCCUCAAGACCUUCAUAGAUUCCGGUCUCAGCAGCCAUGACUCAGGCCGCCGCGUAAGAAGGCCGUCGCUGGCCAAGUGGGUGCUGCGGUUAUCAUCCUGGGAUCGCAAGUCUGAACGAUAAGGUACUUGGCUAGGGAGAACGCGUGACUGUUCUUAGAUUUUUCUCUUUUUUUUUUUUUAUCUCUUUAGCUAGCUCUUCGUGUAUGCAUUAUUUCUAUCUUUACCUUUUUUUUUCCUCCUUGGACCACUCAAUCCCUUCUUGAUGUAGUCAAAGUUUCAUGUCCAAGAGAGUUUGUUUUGACUCGAAUUCAGUUCAGUUGUUUAGUUCCCAUGUAUUACUUAAAUGAUGUUACU